AAUGUAUAUAGAAGAUAUUAUCUAUUCAUUCAACUUUUGUAAAUAUAAUCCAAUUGGAAUUCACGAUGAACACAAAUUUCCUAAUUCGUCAUUCAGUGCUCACGGUACUUACUCUUCACACAAGCCUGAAUAUGCAAGAAUUGAGGAAACAACUGGAAUAAAUUGGCACACUUUGGAUUAUACUAAUGGUUGGGUUAUGGUCAGCGCUAUGAUAUUUAUGGACUAG